GGACCUAGAAGGUAAUGCACGUGAGUGUCUCGGUUAGGGGCUUAAGAAAAUGUUAUUUAUUCUUCGCGGGUCAAACUGAAGUUAGUAAGCGUGUAGUUUCUCUAGGGCAACGCUUUGUUUCGUCCUCUGACGUUACUAAAUAUAUGAAUCGCCUUUUUCAUUUUCCACGGUGUCGAUACGGCAGCUCGACCAUGGAGCAGGCAGUUAUUGCUCCAGGGUCACCGGCGGAGGUGAGCAGCCCAGUGUCCACGCAGGGAACCGCCGCUAAUGAGGCAGCAGGAACCGGCAAACGUAAAAGCGACGAGCCGGGCGAACCAGAAACAAGCGGCCGAGGGAAGAGGCGGAGAGGAGCGGGAGGGAAGAAACUCCGUCCGGGCGAGAGAUACGUCCCUCCUCCGCAGAAACGGAACCCCGGUGUUAGCUUCAGCCAAGAGCAUUUCACUGAGACCUCUUAUUACUUCGAAGGUGGUCUCCGCAAAGUUCGUCCAUAUUACUUUGACUUCAAAACCUACUGCAAAGGUCGGUGGGUUGGGAAGACUCUCCUGGAGGUGUUCAAGAGCGAGUUCAGAAGUGAGUCCAUCGAGUACUACCAGAGGGCUGCUAAAGAGGGUCGCAUCCGGCUCAACGAGACCACUGUGGAGGACCUGUCUGUGGUGCUCAGGAAUAAUGACCACAUGAGAAACACUGUCCACCGUCACGAGCCACCCGUGGUCGACAGACCCCUGGAGAUUCUGGCGGAUGACGGUGAAGUGCUUGUGGUCGACAAGCCUGCCUCCAUCCCAGUCCACCCAUGUGGUCGCUUUCGCCACAACACAGUGAUUUUCAUCCUGGGGAAAGAGCGGGGCAUUUCGGAGCUUCACACUGUCCACAGACUGGACAGACUCACCUCUGGAGUGCUGCUGUUUGCCAGAACAUUGGAGACCUCACAGAAACUGGACCAGCUGGUGAGAGACAGACAGCUUGAAAAGGAGUAUGUGUGCCGAGUGGAGGGGGAGUUUCCAGAGGGUGAGUUGAACUGCAAGGAGCCCAUCCUGGUUGUUUCCUUUAAAAUCGGCGUCUGCCGGGUUGACCCCAAGGGAAAGGAGUCCCAAACUGUCUUCCGGAGGCUUAGCUUUAACGGAAAAACAAGCGUGGUUCGCUGUUUACCCCUUACUGGCCGCACACACCAGAUCAGGGUCCACCUCCAGUACCUGGGCUUCCCCAUCCUCAAUGACCCCAUCUAUGGGUCCUCUGCAUGGGGUCCUCACAGAGGUAAAGGGGGUCUGGUGGGGAAGAGCGAUGAGGAGCUACUGCAGGCUCUGGUAGAGGAACAUCGAUCUCAGGAAAGUCUGCAGCUGUUGGAUAUACCAGGUGACGGUGUUGGGAAUGAGGCAGAAAAAAACAAAACAUCUGAGAAAAUAGACAAGUCAGAUGGUGCGUCUGAACCCGGCAAGACUGGAGAAAGUCAUCAGGCACCGACUGAUGCGUGCAGUGGCAAUAAAAAGAUAGAGACACAGGUGUUGACAGGUUGUCGCUCAAACAGUGAGACGCUAAAUGAGGUGAGUCAGGGCUGCACAGUCCCAAACAGUAACAGCACAUUACUCCAAGAGUCUCAAAGCCAUCACAAAUCAAAUGGAAAUCAAACAGAAGCUACUGACUCUACCCAGAACACUCCUCCAGGGACCAGAGACGACCUGUGUAGUGAAUGUAAGCUGGUACGACCAGAUCCUACAGAAAAGGAGCUCAUCAUGUAUCUCCACGCUUUACGCUACAAAGGACCUGACUUUGAAUAUUCCACAUGUUUACCUGAUUGGGCCAGAGAAGACUGGGUCGAAGCUGACUAGAUCUAGCCUGAUGAACACUGAUGAAGACUUUGGCAUUCAGGUUACUGCGGUCAGACAUGUCAUGGAAAAGACCAGAAAUCUGCUGCAUUUCUUUGGAUAGUUUUUUUUGCAAAAAUAUGUUUUUCUUUGGCUCCAACCUAUUUAUGCCUUAAACACAAGAAGAAAAUGAAAUUGUAUUCUUUCUCAUUUUACUUUGAGGACUGUUUUUUAAUGUCAAGAAUAUAGUUUUAAUUUAAUUUCAUCCUUUUAUGCCUGUAAUCUGUCUGGUACAACAGCCAAAAAAUUUAAAUAAAUUAAAAGCCAGUC